ACAGGCGAGAACGGCCACUAAUCGCUGUUAAUCAAUUGGUGGGGCGCGCACUUGGGCCUGGGCAUGCUAUCUAACGACCAUGGCAAUUGCCGAUGACCGUUCGAGCGGGCUGGUUGUUGGGCCAACUAACGUGGCCGCAGAAUGCGCCUGCAAACGCGCCGCACGCUGACGUUGCUGUUGCUCUGCCUCUUCCUGUUUGGAGCGCUGAUUUACAAAAUAACCACCUCACCGCUUGUGGAUCAGAAUGGCAUAUUGCGUGAGUAUCUGGAGAAGAGGGCGGCCACGCGGCCAGCCACGCGUUCCAUUUUGCUCUGGAGCAGCUUCUUUGGGGAUAGGCGUUGGAAGCUGCCGUUUGAUGCGCUGGGACCGCAGCAAUUUCGGGAUGAGCUCAAGUGCCCAGUCUAUCAGUGUGAGCUGAGCAAUCGUCAUGACUUCCUGCCCAGCCUGGAGCUCUACGAUGCCAUCGUUUUCCACGUGGCACAGCCGUUUCCGCUGCUUAAGCCGCUGCCCGCACGGCGUAGUCCGCAUCAGGCGUAUGUCUUCGCACUGAUGGAGCCACCGGGCGAGACCAAGCACCAGCUAAGCGAUGAGCUGAAUUUCUAUAAUCUAACAAUGACCUAUCGGCUCGAUUCGGACAUUGUUUGGCCCUAUGCCCAGCUGCUGGAUAUGGAAACGGGCGCACCAGUGGCGCCUAGUCUACAGCCGCAUUGGCGUGAGCCGCCGGCGUUGGGCAGCUGGAAUGACAGCACCGUGUGGCGUCUGUGGCCAACGAAGACGAAAAUGGCCGCAUGGUUUGUUUCCCACUGCAAGACGCUGUCAAAGCGCGAGCAGCUGGCUGCUGCACUGCAGCAGCACAUCCAACUGGACAUCUAUGGCAGCUGUGGCAACCUCAACUGCGCACGGGGUGAUCCACGCUGCGAUGAUAUGCUGGACACGGAUUUCAUGUUUUACCUGGCCUUCGAGAACUCGCUGUGCAUGGACUAUGUAACCGAGAAGCUAUAUGCUGCACUGCAGCGCCACAUUGUGCCCGUCGUGUUUGGCGGCGCCAACUAUACACGCUUUUUACCGCCGCAUUCGUACAUCGAUGCGGAACACUUCGACAGUGUGGAGCAGCUGGCGGAGCAUUUGCGUUUUGUCGCCGGCGAUGUGCAGGAAUACAUGAGCUACUUCUGGUGGCGGCAACACUACAAACUAGCCAACAGCUCGCCAUUCUGUGAGCUGUGUGCUCGGCUCCAUCAUCCCAGCUGGACGCACAGAACCCAGAUCUAUGGCGAUAUACGGGCCUGGUGGUUCAACAGUUGUCGCCUCUCGUCUCACAUACGAUUCUGAGGAGCGCAGCAAUAGCCGCCACAUGAGACUGAAAGGAAUGCAGCUAUAUGUGUAGCAAUUUGUGCAAGCGAGUCGGAAUGAUAAGAUAACGAUUAAGGAUGGAGCAACAAAUGGAUGGUAUUUCGGUAUAUCGUUAUAUAUACUAUGUAUGGCCAUAAUACCAUUAGCUUUAAAUUGCGUGUCAAAGGCGUACUUCACACGCCCAUUGUACACACAAUUCUCUCCAACUGGUUAAUGCUGUCUUUGUUUACCUAUCACGUCGAGCUCUUGAGUUUCCAUACAUAUGUACAUGCAUAGUUCCUUAUCACUAUUUAUACACUGAUAAGAGGCAUUAUUUACACACAUGUAUAUAGGUAUGUACAUAUGUAUAUACAUAUGUUGUUAUUUUGGGGUUGUAAAAACUUGCAACUAAUGAAACUAUACCUGACUUUGUAUACCUGCUUAUUAGUGGGGUAAACUAGCUCAGUUGAAUAUGAUACAGCAUUAUCUUUUAUGUAUAUCUGUGCGCCAUAAAGUUCUACUUGUAUGGUAGAGAUAAAUAUAUACAUUUAA